ACCAACAGGACGGGGAUUCAAACAGGAGUGAGCGGGAUUCAUCACCUGCGGAGAGAGGAUUCCUCCUGGGAGCGCAUGAAACAUUGCCUCUUUUUUUUAAUCUAAUGUAUUGAUUUCCGGUUGGCACAGCGUGCAGGGACACCCGCUGUUGUUUUGUUUUGGAGUUGUUUUAUUUUAUUUUUUUUGGAGAGGGGGAGAGAGAGUGUGAGGAAAAGAGCCGCGCAGUUUCGUCCUUCCUGGGGGUCGGGACGGGCUUGCAGCUCGGCGCAGCGGCGAUGGAACGCGUUCCCGCCGGGGAGCGCCUGACGGAGCCGUGCGACGCGCACACACCGCGGCUGUUGUAGCGUUUUCUGCCUUCGCCUUUUGGUUUCUGUUCAGUGAUCGCUGCUCAGGGAGGGUGGGCACAGGGAGCCCGGGAUGCCCGCCAGGAACAGGUACAACCUGGUGGACGAUGUGGCCGACUCGCGGCUGCCGCUGCACAACGAGGAGGCUUAUCAGCACGGGAUUUACUUCCAAGCCAAGUAUGUAGGGAGUCUUGACGUGCCCAGGCCCAACAGUCGGAUGGAGAUCGUAGCAGCUAUGAGGAGAAUCAGGUAUGAAUUCAAAGCCAAGAACAUCAAGAAGAAGAAGGUCAGCAUCGUGGUGUCUGUGGAUGGGGUCAAGGUGGCUCUACGAAAAAAACAGAAGAGAAAAGAAUGGACAUGGGACGAGAGCAAGAUGUUGAUCAUGCAUGAUCCAAUAUACAGGAUUUUCUAUGUAUCUCAUGACUCCCAGGACUUGAAGAUCUUCAGCUAUAUUGCAAGAGAUGGCUCCAGUAAUUCGUUCAGAUGUAACGUCUUCAAGUCUAAAAAGAAGACUCAGGCCAUGCGUAUCGUGCGAACAGUGGGGCAGGCGUUUGAGGUGUGCCACAAACUGAGUUUGCAGCAUGCCGAGCAGGACGCCGACGGACAACCAGAUGGUGAGAGUGACAAGUCGGCGGAGGAGCCCAGCAGCCACGCUCGUAAACUCUCAGGAACUGAGCGAGGCGAGGAAGAUGAGGACGCUCAUGAAAGAGGGCAUGGAGCAGGAGGAGGAGAUCUUCUGGUUGGUGGUUCGCUGAGUGAGAAGGCAGUCAGUGAGAUUCUGCAGAGCCUGACCGAACUGAACGUGGUCAAACCAGGCCAGACCAUCAUGGACAUUGAUCGAAGGUCAGUCUUCACUGUGACAUCCCAAGGCAUCAUCCCCAGCAGCCCUUGCUCUUCGUCUCUCACUCCACUGGCUUCUCAGCAUUACCUGCAGCUCCUUCAGCAGCAGCUGCAGCAGCAACAGCAGCACACACAGGUGGCCGUCGCACAGGUGCAGCUGCUGAAGGACCAGAUGGCAGCAGAGACCGCUGCUCGCAUGGAGGCUCAGGCCCGCAUCCACCAGCUGCUGCUGCAGAACAGGGACCUGCUGCAGCACCUGGCGCUUCUCGUGCAGCAGCUGAAAGAGAUGGAGGGCCGCACCCAGAUCACAACGCAAGACAGGCAGUCGCAACAGGAGACUCAGGCCAACGGACACAGUGCUCCGCAGUCGGCACGCAGUUCGAUUUCAACUUUGGCAAAGUCAUUAUCCUUGAAUCUGAAGAACCAGUACAAUCAGACCUUAGACCAGCUCAUCACAUCCAUGCCCGCGUGGCCCGUCUCCCCAAACCAGGCGGACUGCGCCGAGUCCUACCUGAACCUGCUGAACCUGGAGAACAGCAGCGGGCCGGCGGCCUCGUUUACCGAGCAGGAGCCGCUCAUCAGAGCCAACGGCGCAGCGGGAAACAAGGGGAGCUCCAACGGCGAGAUCGUCCAGUUCACACCAAGGAACUCCGCCGACGUGGAUGAAAAGUAUAAACAGAUAAUACCCAAACUUGACCCUCCUCCACCCGCCACAAACCGCAAGAGAUCCAGCAGGACCUUCUCCCCGGGGUCAGAGGUCCCAGCCGUGCCCACGCCUUCAGCGCCGAGCCGCAGCAGCAGCCUCUCCUUUCCGGAUUUCACCCCCAGCUCCCUGUCGUCCGCUGAUUUCCCCUCGCUCAGCAACGGCGAGAGCAGCUCCUCCUCCUCGUCGGCCAGCGAGGACUCGGGCGUCCGCUCCGAGACCAAGUCCCUGCUGUCCCCCCUGCGCGACGACGACGACCCGUUCGCCGACCGCGGCACAUUUCUGACAGCGUCCAGCACCUGCGGAAGUCCCCUGGAGGAGCGCGGCGAGGCGGUGGUCUCCUCCUCAGAGUCAUCAUCUGCAGAGUCUAACACCAUGGCCUCGUGUUCUGAAAGCUGCGAUCGGCCGCUGUGCUUCUCGUCUCCUAUGAAUGACACCUGCCUGCAUAUCAGUUUUUCUGACGAGGAGCUUCUGGAGAGCGGCCAGGAGGACACCAGCAUGACCCGGCAGAGUUAGGAGGACUUCAGUGUUCAACAAUCAACACAUAAAAUCCAGGACUUGCUUUCAGACCCUACUACGUCUGCGCAGGGCAUCCGUUUCAGGAUCUUAAAUCAUCCUACUCACCUGUGACACAUUGCACAUGUUACUAAAACGCUUGCUGUCGUAUCAGUAAUUAGCCAAUGAGUAGAUUUAGUAUUUUUGUAAUUCAAUUGCUGAUCUAAUUUACCUUGUAGGGCCUAGAAUGUUGAGCAGAGCACAUGUAGCAAUAAGUUGCACUGUUGAAGUCCUACCGAAUUCACUGUAGAAUUCAAAACUAACAAAAGGAAACACAUUUUAUUUUUGCUAGCUGACGACGUCAGGCCUUUAUUUUGUAUGAUGUUUCACUUUGGUGCAAAUAACUGUGGAAGAAAGACGUUUUGCAAAAUUCACAGAGCAAAAACAGGACAAGGAAUGGGGGUGAUGUUGGGAAAAGCUUUAGCACCAGGUCUGAUGAUGGAUGGGAAGAAUGGAACAAGGAAGUCAGUGAAGGGGCCGAGGCUGUCAAUUUAGUCGCUGUGUUUGUUCUUGGGAAACCGGUUCGAUUCUUUGUUUGUAUUUUUAAACAAAUGGGAUUUGGAUAUGUUGAGUCAAUUUGUAACGAAAAGGCAGAUCUUGACCUAAAUGGUUUUAUAUGAAACAGAAAGCAGAUAUGAGGAGUGUUAUCAUACAUCCACGUCACGAAAGGAGACAACACACGGUAUCGACACUAUAUGUAGCGAUAUUUUUAGGAAAACCAAAGAUUUCCCUUUUCUUGUUGUCACAAACCGCAAUAUCACAAACAAUCAAAAUUGUUAUGAAAACCAUUUGACUAACUGUUUUAAAGAAUCUAAAAUGAAAAUAAAAACUGUGAAAUAGGCCUUUUAUUUUGCUAAGUCACGUUAGCAGCUAACGGAUAGCUAGCUGCGGUAUUUUUUUUAGUGUUUACAAAUUGUUCAUGUUAUUUGUCAGUCUGUUACCAUUUCUUUUUCUUACCAAGUACCUGACAUACUGCCAGACACACAAUUUAAAAGUUGUGGUCGCUUCUGUGGUGCUGGGUCAGUGCAACGAUGACUUUUAUGAGCUGACAGGGCAACAACUCAAGAACUUUAUUUCAUCUAAAAAAAAAAAAAAAAAAACACGAGCGAAAGCGCUUAAAGCUCCCAGCUUUAAAUCUGGAACUCAUUAAAAUAGAUGGGAGUUUUUCACCAGACUUAGUCACAAAUGAAUACACUCCUAAAGAAAAAACAGCAGAUUGAUUAUUACAGUUAUAAUGAAGAUACAGUAUACAUAUAAAUGUGACAUUUAUGAAUUUCCCUCCCAUCAGAAAAUCACUGGGAGCUUCUUUUGCAGCACCACCAGGGAUAAAAUGAAUUGACUAACUCCCACAGUGGUUGUUUUGAAUUUUUGGUUGCACAGAUUUAGAAUGCACAAUUAUAAAAUCUGGUCAAACAUCAAUACCUGAUGUUAAUAUUGCUGGUAUAGCUGAUAACAGCUAUAUAUUGAUAUAUUUUCCAAAAUAUAUAUUUUCCUGCUCUUUCAACACACCAUGCCAUUAACUUUGCUUUUCUGGUGCAGUUAAACACAUUAAUCCAGCUCAGCACCACUAUCAUUUCCACAUGCCCAAGCAAAUACCACAUGACCCACCCCCUCAUCUCCCAAAAAACAUACGCAAACAGCAACAAGAUGGGAAUCAACAUCAGUUAUUAAUAUUGGCCCAAUUAUACGUAUUGGACCUAUGCUGAUGUUGAUGUGUGCAACCCCACAAAGAAUAUUACACUUUUUUUUUUAGGAAUAAGUAUGAUAGACUGAUAUUAGUUGCUUAUAAAGUUGAGCAAUCUACUGUGGUAGCCAGUCUGCAAACACCUGCUUCACAGACAUACAGCUUUUAGCAACGGUAGUUCCAGAAAGUUGGUGGCGCACCUUAAGCUUGCCGUGAUUGCCCACGUUUCUCACAAACAGCCCAGUUUGUCUUCACUGUUAGCAAGAGAAAUGUGUAGUAGCAGCUGACUGGCAGUGUGCAGCAACAGGUAGAGGAGGGGCAGCACUGCUGAAGAACUGUAAGAUGGAAAAUUUUGGUCGUUUUGAUGCCGCAACUUUUUAAAACUAUGGGAUGCCUUGAUACCAGAAAGCAGGUAUGCCUAGAGCUCCAAAAGAAAUGUUGCAUUAUUAUAAGGAGAAGUACUUUGGUAUUGAAGAACAGUAAGUAAAGAAAUUGUAAUAAACUAUCAGCCAUUUAAUUGUUACAUAAAUUUGAGAUACGUUUCCCUGAGAAGAAAUUAGUUGAAAAAUAAUAAUGCAAUGAAUUGGUACAAAAAAAAAGCUAAAUAAAAGCUUUGUUUUCUGAAGUGUUGAUUGUCCUGCAAAAAGUACAAUGUCACAUGUAGUUUAACUAAAUAAAGCUACAACAAUUAAUUGUUUUUUAGAUUAAUCACUUCAUAUGCUGUUGUUUUUUUUGGGAACUGGGAAAACAAUUAUAAAGCUGUAAAAAUUAGAUGAAUGAAACUUCUCAUGUUUUUUUUUUUUUUGGGACGUUGAAAAUAAUCAGCAGAUCAGCAAUAAGUGCUGUGUGGUUGAAGUCUGCGUUUUCCUGCUUCGCUGACGGUGCACUAUUACUAACUGAGGAGACGGGAGACAAAUAAAGAGAGAUAAGAGGUGAAGCAGCUGAGGUGUGAUGGAGGUGAUGGGUGCCGAUGUAAAAAAUGCGCUGAAAGAAAACAUUGUACACCAAAAGAUGAGGCCUUUUCCAACAUCACAUUUAACAGGGAAUUUUACAACACUAACACCUGGCUGAUAA